AAAAGAUUGUAUGUUAACAUUGUCUAGGGUUGCAGGGCGUACCAGGAGAGAAAGGGGAUCCAGGUCCUCCAGGCUUCGAUGUUCCUGGUCCUCCAGGUGACCAAGGAACCCCAGGAUAUCCAGGACCCCCUGGCCUCCCAGGCCCUCAGGGUUCACCGGGUCCACCUGGCCGAGAUGGAAUACCUGGAUUUCCAGGUGCCAAAGGUGAGAUGGGCGUCAUGGGAGCCCCUGGGCCUCCAGGGCCUCCAGGGACUCCUGGAAGAAGUGGCCUUCCUGGCUUGAAAGGUAAUAAUGGAUUGCCUGGCCCACCAGGGCCUCCUGGGCCAUUAGGACAGAAAGGUGUCAAAGGUGAAGCAGGCCUGCCAGGUCCACCUGGAAAAGUUGAUCCAAAGCAGCUUGGAGCAAAAGGAGAAAAAGGCGAGCCGGGUGUUCCAGGUAUUCCUGGUUUAUCAGGGCAGAAAGGUUAUCAAGGUCUCCCAGGUGACCCAGGUCCACCAGGACUGAGUGGUCCACCAGGUGCACCAGGGUUGCCAGGCAUCAAAGGAGACAUGGGGCUUCCUGGGCAGCCAGGACCAACAGGACCUCCGGGGCUAAAAGGUGCCAUGGGAGAGAUGGGCCUUCCAGGUCCCCCAGGAAGUAAAGGCAGCCAAGGAAUAGCAGGACGUCCAGGGCAACCUGGGCCUGCUGGAUUUCCUGGACUGAAAGGGGAGAAAGGUGAUCCUGGUCUUUCAAGCAUCGGUAUUCCUGGUCUGCCUGGACCAAAG